AAUGAAAAAUAAUAAUUGUCUCACUGAAAUAAUGUAACUAACUUCAAGUUGCCUUACCAAUGGUGGUCCUAAAGUAACGUUAUUGAUUCACCUUGUUUAGUAUAAUUGUAGAUUAACAUUAAACUAACAAAAAAUAACAUUGAUUAUCUUCUUAUUUUUUUUUCUUUUUUUUUCUUUAAAACUUUUUUGCUUGAUUAUUUUUUUGUUUUCGUGAAAAUAAGGGUUGGUCGAACACUGCAGUGAUGAAAACGUCUGCACUCUAACUGCAUAAUAUAAGGCUUUCAGAACAUUGUUCAUUAUAUUUGGUGAACUGUUUUUUACUUUAAUAAAAUAGCACAUAAUAAAUGUAUAGCUACAGUUGCAAUGAUAUGUUGACAUGAGUGAAAGUGAUACCCUGGCAAAGAAAAAGCAAAUCAGUCGUAUACUUGAUAUCGUUGAUCAAGAUGUUGAACCACACAAUGCGAUGCAAAAUGUAGUACAAUACCUGAACAGUGUGUCACAAGACUUGCCUAACAAUAUGACAAAAGAGCAGUAUUAUGAAUUACAGCAAACAAAAUUCCGGACUAGAAAAAGAAAUUUAUCAGGUGGUAGUGAAAGCUCAACUGAGUCAACUGCAGAUAAACCAUUGUUUGGUCGUAAAGAAUGUAUCUAUGUGGGUGUUACUGAAGAGGACAGCCUGGUUAAGUUGGCUUUGAAAUAUAAUUGUCAUGUGUCUGAAUUAAAGUAUGCCAACAAGAUUUACAAUGAAAAAGAAUUGCAUGCUUUGAAAACCAUAAAAGUACCAGUCGUAAAGGACGGCCUUAUAUAUGGUGAAUAUCAUCGUGCACUGAAGCAAGGAAUUAGGGACCAAGUAUCUGAACUUAAUUCAGCAGUUAAGUUGAACUAUGUUAGUAAUGAAAGAAAAUUUGACAUUCCCAAACCGUACGUGUUUAGUAGUAAUCUGGAUUAUAUGUCCAGUGACGAUGAUGAAGAACUUGAAAUUUUCAGUAGCCGCGAUCGGCAUUUUUCAGAGUCAGCUCAUUUGUUAGCUGAGCCGCUAGUAAGACAGAACGGGCGUUCUGGUAAUAUGAAAGAUGCCAGUGAUGUUACUAUUCACGAAUACAUGGAAAAUAUGGAUAAAGUAGUGCAAGAAAAAGUGUCUGAGAUGGAGAACAAGGAGGAGAGUUUAAGAGAUAUUGCAGACUCUCUAACUGGCCAAGUUAUAUUUCCUAGCGGAAGGAAAGAAAAACCAGAACAAUACGGUUCCGUGUGUUCGAUUACAUGGAGCCACUGUUUAAUGGUGAUUUGUCUUGUAGCUGUCGUUGUCCCUGUAGGAUAUCUUAUUUAUUUUUAUAAUUCGAAAAAUCAUUCAAGCUGACACCGAGGAAGGUGUCUUUUUUUCUCAUUUUGUAUAUAAUUUAAAUUUUAUUGUUUUUUUCUUCUUUUAUAUCUUAAGCAGUUUCAUUUUUGCAAUUAAUUUCUACAAUGCUUGGCAUUAGGGUUGUUUUCACUACUUUAGAUGAAAUUGAACGUUCAUGGCUAUAUAUUUUUGCGAUGAUUUUUUACUCUGUUUUGCAUAGUUUUAUAAACUGUCUGUAAAAUUUUGUUGACUUCACAUGAUUGAAGCUGGUUCUUCAAUAGUUGAGAUGAGUUUUCGAAUAAAAUUUUAAGAAAUGACUAAAGCUAUCAUAUCUUUUAUUUUUGUUGUAUUUUAUCAGUCUUCUUGGUGCUCAUUCAAGAAUGUAUGCAGGUUUAGCUGUUAUCAGCAAACACACUGGUCAGAGGGAAAACAGUUAAAAUUUGUAUAAUUUCACCUUAAUGAAGAAAUUUUAACGGCUAGAAUAUUUUAGGGAAUUAGUGGAUUUGACAAAAUCCACCACAUUAAAUUCCCGCCAUUUUCUUUUUCUUUUGAUGUCUGCCAAAUUAAAUUCCUGCCAAAUUAGUUUCUGCCAAUUCUAUCAUAUUUGCUUUCCAACAAGUUUUCUUUUUGCAAAAAUACUUUAUUUUAAAUAUAUAUACUGUUACUUUUUACUUCUAGGUCAUAAUUUUUUUUGUUAGUAUAUGUUUGGAUGUUUUUUUAUUGUUUCAAAUGUGUUUCCACACCUUUAAACUUUUCAAAUUUACAAAUUAACAAUCUUAAUUCUACGACAGUUAUAAUUUGCAAAUUUUUUUACGUGCAUGUAUGAGAAAGUUUUAUGUUGUUGCUAUUGGUCAGAAAAGAAGGGGUAGUUUGACCAUUGAUUAUUGCCAGACUUGCAUUGUAACUCAGCAGUAGUUAUUAAUACUAUUAUUAUUUUUUCACUGUAAAGAGCACCGUCAUCCUAUUUCAUAGCAGCUAGUCAAAUCUUAAUAUCGUUUUUUACCUGAAAAGAUUUAUGAUUUGUUUUUAUUUCAAUGAGCCUGUGUUAAAUGGGCCAUGAUUUUAUGCAGCCAAUAUUCAUUUCUUUUGUUAUUUUGAUGUAAUAAUGAGAUGCUACACGCAUACAGGCCGGCGAUAAGACAACACAUGUUCUUGUGACUUCUAAAAAACCUGCUCAUAACAUUUGUUUAAAAACAUUUUUCGAGCAUCUUUUUUUAUUGUUUCGACAACUAUAUCACUAUUAAUUAGUAAAUUUUGGAACAGUGCUUGCAUUGAGACUAGGUUAUGCCACGGAUACACGAGGCAACUUUGUCAGGCGAAGUAAGAAAGUUACGAUAAUUACAACCGUCUAAAAUAAUGUAAACCUGUAUUAUCGGUAGCUUUUUGUUGCUUGCAGAGCUUACUGGUAAUAAAAACAUGAUUCGAGUAACAAAGAAGUGUUUUUGUAAAAAAAAACCUUAUUAUUAAAAAAUUAUUUGUGUCGCUACUUUCAGCAACAAUUUUAAGUCCACAUUUUUUGUAUUCAGCCAAUCAGAAGGCAGUAGUUAUACUUAAUUCUUUCCUUGUUGUGAUGGAGUGUUACUUGUUGCAUAGAUGUGUGGAGACAUGAUAAUUAUUUUGGACGACUGUAACAAAAUUGGUUUGUUUCUAUUGCUUGAAAAUGAUUGCCCCGUUUUCCCGUGGCUUUAAAAUAUAAAUGGGGACAAGGUUAGUCUUUUUUUAAUAUAUUUUUGACGUACGUAAAUGUAGGUUUUCAUUAAAUUGAAAAAUAAUGAACUGGUUUUGA